AUGAGCACUGUCGCCCGCCAACGGCGGAAGGUGCCGACGGAGGACGCCUCGGCAACGGGCAGUGCUGGUAAAGAGCAACUUGAAUCGUUGAAAGUCAGUGUGAGCAAUGUGGACAAUGGACUCCUAGUAGAGCCACCUGAAGAAGACGUGGAAGAAUUGGACAAAGGGUUAGACAAGGCUGCCGCGGGAUCGCCUGAUCGACGGUUGGAAAAAGGUCUUACUGAGGAUAUUUACAGUCUCAUGUACACUUCACACAAAUUCAGUGCCGCUUUCUUCUUUGCUUGGGCUGCUUUUGCCGUCCAAUUCACAAUUCUCAUCUUAAUUUUUGGGGAUCUAGUAGACCUGAGUGAUGAUCCUCAGGUAUCGAGCAAUGGUGAAACAAACCGUCUAAAAAUCCCUGCUGGAAUCGAGACCCAUGUCCAAGUCGCCCAGUUCCUUAGUGUCAUUCUGACCAUCAACUUUACAGCUGCCGGAGGUGACAUGUUCAAAGGAUUGCAGCAUCUGUUCAAUGGUUUUGACCGCGAUCUCGAGAGAAAACAUCCAGGAGCAAAUGCCCCAAAAUGGUUUGUGGCGGGGGUUCUGCAGGUCCUCGUUGGUGUUCUUAUGGUCGUCAACUUGUUCAUUUUGGCAAUGCAGAGCUCAGGUGUAAUUGGCUUGUGCCUCAACUUUGCAGCACUCCAUUUUGUACAAGAGAUCGACGAUGUUGCAUUCACUGUUGCGUCAAUGGGGUUGCUCGGUUUGACAGUUCAGAAAGAAGUACAAUGUGUUGGAGAUAUCGUAAUAUCCGCUGAAGUGAGGAGCCGCACACUAUGGAUGCGUAGAAUCGUGUGGAUUGUCCUAGUGGUUGGCCUCUAUUCAUGUUGGUUCGUCAUUGCAAGCUGGCAAUGGUCUGGCAAGUUUGUAUGCGAUGUUGUCUUGGUGCAGUUUGGAGAUGCCUACGAUGCAGACCUUGCGUUCUUUUCCGGGCCAUUCCGAACCAAUGGAACGCAGAACAGCAGAGACAAGUAUGUUGAUGAAAGUGGGCUUUUAAAACUGCGUUAUUCGAGCACCGUCAAGGUAUCGACCGAUGCCCCCCCUGACCGCGGAACUUGCAAUGACAAACAUGAUUGUGUCUGUUUUGAUGAGUUCAUUGGCGACAACUGCGAAUCAUCUACUCCUACCUGUGGUUGGUAUGGUAUUGACUUUCGUACCAGGGGAACUCUGGCAAACAUCCCAGGUGGAUCCUUCUUCUUUGACAAUGAAUUCUCGGGUAUCAACUCGACAAGAAUCUGCGGGAGGUUCCUUUAUCUGCCGUACAAUUUUGACGGAGACGAUCGCGACACGAGACUCCGAACCUUUAUGUUCUUUACUGGGAGACGAUGGGUCAUCAUGGGGGCCCCAUACGAGGCAGAGUUGCCUUAUUUGAGUGAAUUCUAUGAUUUCAUUGACACAUCGCGUGUUUUGGAACUCCCACCUAUUGAAGGACUCAGAUUGCUGGCCGAUAACAGAAUCUUCAGGCCACUCUAUUUCAGUUCCCCAGUUGACUUGGGCACUCCCUCUUAUGGCUUUGAACCGUCCACUGUCACCUGGGUCUUGGCCAGAAAGCACAAAAAGGCUCAUCAGUCUCCUUUCUUUGGGUACUGGCCAGAUGAUGCCACCAAGCUUGAUGUUCAACUGCAAUGUUCAGAAUGCAGCAACAAAACAGAAGAUGGAAAGGCCACCUGUCAAAAUGAUGGCAGUUGUGACGAACAUGGGUAUUGCAAAUGCCUACCCUUCUACGCGGGAUUACAAUGUGAAUAUGUGUACGCUUGCAAUGAACUUGGCUGCUUCAAUGGAGGCACAUGUAACGAAAUCACGGGCCAUUGCCAGAAGUGUCGCCGUGGCGCCCAUGGCAACCUGUGCCAGUUUCCCCUGCCUGCCAAAGUGAAGGAAAAUCCCUACUUUUGCUCGACGACUUAUGAUUCGUUGAGCAGUUGUCGUAAUGGUCAAAAGUGUGACCCAUUUGAAUUGAAAUGUGAAUGUGAGCCACCAUUCUAUGGAGAAUUCUGUCAAAACUCAACUCAGGCUGAUUGUUUUUUGGCGGCUGAUGACACGUUCGAUGACUUUGUGGAUCCCUGUCGCAACGGUGGUUACUGUGAUCAGUCUCUUUUUCAUCCCAUAUGCUUGUGUCCAGAAGGCUUCUCAGGUGACUUCUGUGAGGUACCAGUCCCAGUAACAAACAGCUCUGGAAAGCAGAUUGGAUGA